CACUCGAUGCAUGAUAUGCAGUCGACUAGUAUAGUAUACUGUACUCACGAGCACGUGGUAUACCGCCCUCUAUCAGAGCAAUAAUAAAUCAUGGCGGGAAACAGAACUCUGUCUCAGGUCCAGACCAUAGCGGAGCUAGCCAAACUUGAUCAAUCUGACCUAGAGCCGAGGUGCCAGUGUCUCUAUUUUGGAGCAGAGCUCAACGCUGCAGACAUGGUCCUUAUGGAGGUGGAGGACUCCGUAUUGGCAUUUUUAGAGAGGGGAAACAGCGUAGUCAUCCGGGGCGAGAAGACCGACAGUGCCGUGCUCUGUCUGGACGCCAAAACCUACGACGUCAAGGACACUGAUACGUCAAACACGUUGCUGAUUCUGCCAGCCUGCUCCACAACGAACGAAUGCAAGGACAGCGAGAGACAAAUUGUGAAUAGACAGGUGAUCGGUCUGGCCAAGUCUUACUAUGAAGUGAAGCCAAUGCGGCCCAGGCUCCGCAAGCUGCGCUCCCUGCUAGAGGAGUGUCCGUACGGUGGGGAUGUCUACGAGGAAGAGGCUAGUGGCAAGAGGUACUCCUUGGAGGACAUCCUUGAUGUCAUACAGGCUAGCGAGGUGGAGAUCAAGGAGGAGCUGAAGACGCAACGAGCGUGUCACAUCAAUGGCUUUUGGAGGAUGCUGCAUUUCGACUACGAGUGCCAGCUUCUUAGUCACAUUCUCUCUCUCGUUGAGGAGAAUUCCUGGGAUUUUCACAGGAUCCCACUGAAGGAAACACUGGAUACCCUGGAGAACUUAGAACCAAGAGCCAUUUUGGAGCACACUCUGGAAUGCUUCGGAGAGAGACUUCCACGACAGGACUCUAAAGGUGAUCAUGUGUUUUAUUGCCUAAAUGAAGACAAGGUCUGCCAAAUGUUUGCUGAAAUGCUUCUCAGGCCAGCUGAAAAAUUCAAUUUAGCCGAGUUCUUGUUGUCAUGGCAACAGAGCGUGCCAGACGGAAUGGCAACAGGGAUGCACCAACUCCAGGGCAUUGCAAUUAUUGACAGGAACAGUAAACCCGAGGUCAUCUUCCAUUUCCCGUUCUCUUUGAUGCCUGAGAAUGAGGUUGACAGAUUUAAUUUCUUGUUCAAAACGAGAGACAGGUGGACUCAAGAAGAGAUUUUACCCUACAUCCAGGAUCUGGUAACGGAGAAGUUAUCAGCAGCCGCAUUGUUGCAGAAGCAUGCAAGAGCCUCAGUGGGAGCCAACGGUGUCCGAGUGUAUAACUCCAAAAGACCCAUCAAGUAGGGUCUUAGAAGGCAUCAGCGUGCCCCCCCCCCCCCCGCCUUGGGCUCGUAACGUCGGAAGAGUGGUAGAGAUGCGUCGUCCUGAUUGAGUUGCCACGUCCGUGUGGCACUUCCCAGAGACGCCGACACAGUGGGGAAUGGUCCAUUUUACAUCGGGGUGGAACACAACAGGGCAGCAGUAUUCUGAGAAGGAGGCCCCAACGGAGCAUCGUGAGGCAAAGAUGGGAAUAGGCACUCUCUUCAUACAGACCAUGCUCAAAGAAUUUUGAAGUUUUGGGGAGCUGGCAAGUUUUGGUGCCAUUUUGUGCCGUUUUGAUUCAGAGAAAUCGAAACUGAAAGAGGCUAACUCUAGUGGCAAUUUGAAUCAUUCUGUUGCAUACCUGGCAUUCUUUGUUAUGUCAGGGGGGGGGGUUUUAUGAGUGAUCCAGGUGGGGAAACCAUCCGUCAUCGUCGGCUCUCUCCUCAAUUCAAAGGUGUUUACUUUCUCCAAAACUCUGAAGUGAAUUGGGGUGGAAAUUACUGUGUUUGACUUGAUUUCUCACCAGUGGUCCCAGGUUUGCGUUUGCUUAUCCAUGCGUCAGUUAAUAUAAUGCCCAUGUGCUUGAAGUGGAACUCUACAAAGAGAAAGGGGAAAAUAAAAUAUUCGAGAUUUAAUAAUAUAACAAAAGAUGACGUCAUUGUGACGUCUGUGCACUCGUCCAAAUUGGGAGUAGUUAUUUAUUUAACAGUGUUUCCCUGAAACAAAUUGGAAUGCUGUAUUUCGUGGGAGUGAAAUUUUCCGUCUUAAGUUGUAAUUUGUUGUGAAGACAGACUCACUCAGCCAAUGCAUGUAGUCUUUAUAUCAGUCUUAAGGAACAAAACACCGAUGGUUGUAUUUACAUGUAUUUAGUUCAAAACCGGUACACCGUGAAUAAUAAAUUGAACUUUUCCAAAACCA